AUGCGGGAGACCCCGGGGCGCGAGGAGUCGGAGCCGGGCAUGGAGGCCCCGUGCGCGGCACCGUGCCACGCGCAGCGCAUCCUGCAGACACUCAACGCGUACCGGCGGAGCGGCACCCUCACCGACGUGGUGCUGCGCGCCGGCGGCCGCGACUUCCCAUGCCACCGCGCCGCGCUCAGCGCGGCCAGUGCCCACUUCCGCAGCCUCUUCGCGGCCGCCCGGCCCGAGCGUGCAGCGGCCGUGGUCCCGGUAGGACCCGAGGCGCCCGAGACGGCCGCGGCGCUGGCCGUAGUGCUCGACUACGUGUACGGCGCGGGCGUGCGAUUGCGCGCCGAGGAGGAGGCGACCGCGGUGCUGGCUCUGGCUGAGCGGCUGGGCGUGGCGGGGCUGCGCGAGGCGUGCGCUCGUUUCCUCGAGGGUCGCCUGCGGGCCGCCAACAGCCUGGCGCUGCGCCGCGUGGCCGCCGCCUUCUCGCUCGCCUCUCUGGCCGAGCGCUGCGGCCUCGUGCUGCGCCAGGCCUUCGUGGAGGUGACGCGCCACGCAGACUUCCUGGAGCUGGCGCCGGAUGAGGUGGCGGCGCUGCUGGCCGACCCAGCUCUGCGCGUGGCGCGCGAGGAGGCCGUGUUCGAGGCAGCCAUGCGCUGGGUGCGCCACGACGCACCGGCUCGCCGCGGGCACCUGCGUCGCCUGCUGGAGCACGUGCGCCUGCCGCUGCUGGCGCCCGCCUACUUUCUGGAGAAGGUGGAGGCUGACGAGCUGCUGCAGGCCUGCAGCGACUGCCGCCCGCUGCUGCUCGAGGCCAGCGCCUGCUUCAUCCUGGGCAGGGAGGCGGGCGCGCUGCGGGCCCGGCCGCGGAGAUUUAUGGACCUAGCCGAAAUGAUCGUGGUCAUUGGCGGGUGCGACAGAAAGGGGCUUUUGAAGCUGCCUUUCGCUGACGCUUACCACCCAGAGAGUCAGCGCUGGACCCCGCUGCCCAGCCUGCCUGGGUACACACGCUCUGAAUUUGCCUCCUGUGCACUCCGAAAUGACAUUUACGUUUCUGGAGGUCACAUCAACAGCAGAGAUGUCUGGAUGUUUAGCUCCCAUCUGCACACCUGGAUCAAGGUUGCCUCCAUGCACAAGGGCCGGUGGAGGCACAAGAUGGUGACCCUGCAGGGACAGCUCUUUGCAGUGGGUGGUUUCGAUGGCCUGCGGCGCCUGCGCAGCGUUGAGCGCUACGACCCAUUCUCCAACACCUGGGAGGCCACGGCGCCCCUGCCGGAGGCCGUGAGUUCUGCAGCGGUGGCGCCCUGCGCUGGUCAGCUCUACGUGAUUGGGGGCGCUGGGCAGGACGGUGUCAACACUGACAAGGUGCAAUGCUUUGACCCUAAGGAGGACCAGUGGAGUCUGCGAUCACCGGCACCCUUCCUGCAGCGGUGUCUGGACGCCGUCUCCCUGGAGGACACCAUUUACGUGGUGGGUGGCCUCAUGAGUAAGAUUUUCACCUACGACCCUGGCACCGACGUCUGGGGAGAGGCAGCCGAGCUGCCGGGCCCUGUGGAGAGCUGUGGCCUGACGGUGUGUGACGGGAAGGUCCACAUUCUUGGUGGGCGGGACGAACAUGGGGAGAGCACCAAUAGCGUCUUCACCUUUGAUCCUAGUAGUGGGCAGGUGGAAGCCCAGCCAUCACUGCAACGCUGCACCAGCUCUCACGGCUGCGUCACCAUUGUCCAGAGCCUGAGCAGGUGACUGGGACAGGCUGAGCCAGGAGGAAAUUAGGGCACAGCAGUUGGCUCUUCCUGGAAC